UUUUUCUUCAUGUCCAAUAGGAACCAAACGAGUCAUGGUACUUGAUUUACACCGCUACUUUCUCUAUCGACUUUUCCCGAAAAGUGCCACUAACAGUAACCAACCAACAGUGAGCUUAAAACGGCGUUCAACGCCGUCAUCACUUUCCACAUAUUAUACUACCAACUCUUAACACAGUCACAGUCCUCUCAAUUUCAGGGUAUUACUUUGUACCUCAACUAAAUAAAGUGAAUCUUGGACACUCCUUUUAUGGGCACUGAACAGUCUCUUAAUUCUUUACUUGGUAUGUCAGAAAUGGAUCUGCUACUUGGUCUUUAAGUUUAACCAGUGUUUGAGUAGCAGAAAUCUUGGAAGUGGGUAUUUUUUGGUUUUUGCAAAUUAAAAAUGAAGCCAAAAAAGGAGCUACUUCAUAGACCCAAGCUGUUGAAAUAUGCUAUAUUUGGGAUGAUUGUGUUCUUGGGUUUGAUUUGUCUGUACAAUUGUUCGUUUAUUGCUCCUGGUCUUCCUAGAGCGCGUGGCCCUUUCGCUUUUGAAGAUGGUUCUGAUCCAGUCACUGGGAUUUCACACUAUAGGCGCGUGGACCUGGAUUUGGAAGAUCAAGAACUGUCUCUUGAAGUUCCAAAAAGUAUUCCUGUUUGUGAUACAAGGUAUUCCGAGUUGAUACCCUGUCUGGACAGAAAUUUGAUAUAUCAAUUGAGAUUGAGGCUUAAUUUGACUGUUAUGGAGCAUUAUGAGAGGCAUUGUCCCCCUCCUCAACGUCGUUACAACUGUCUUAUCCCCCCUCCAGCUGGUUACAAGAUCCCAAUUAGAUGGCCAGCUAGUAGAGACCAAGUGUGGAAAGCAAAUAUACCCCAUACACAUCUUGCACAGGAAAAGUCGGACCAAAAUUGGAUGGUUGUCGAUGGAGACAAAAUAAAAUUCCCUGGUGGAGGAACACAUUUCCAUUAUGGAGCGGACAAAUACAUUGCAGCAAUUGCAGGGAUGCUCAAAUUUCCUGGUGAAAAACUUAGCAAUGGCGGAAACAUAAGAAAUGUUCUUGACGUUGGCUGUGGUGUCGCGAGCUUUGGAGCAUAUCUUCUUUCCCAUGAUAUUAUAGCUAUGUCGCUUGCUCCUAAUGAUGUGCACGAGAAUCAAAUACAGUUUGCAUUAGAAAGGGGAAUCCCAUCUACACUAGGAGUCUUGGGCACCAAAAGACUACCUUAUCCAAGCAGGUCAUUUGAGUUGGCACAUUGUUCACGUUGUAGAAUUGAUUGGCUCCAAAGAGACGGCAUUCUUCUGUUGGAACUUGACAGAUUGCUCAGACCAGGUGGUUACUUUGUGUACUCUUCACCUGAAGCUUAUGCGCAUGAUGCUGAGAAUCGAAGAAUUUGGAAUGCUAUGUAUGAUGUACUAAGAAGAAUGUGUUGGAGAGUUGUUUCAAGGAGAGACCAAACUGUGAUAUGGGCUAAACCUCUGAGUAACAGCUGCUAUAUGAAGAGAACUGCGGGGACCCAACCUCCCCUGUGCGUGUCUGGUGAUGAACCCGAUGAAGCUUGGAACGUACCGAUGAAGGCUUGCAUCACUCCUUACUCACCAAAGGUGCAUAAGGAAAAAGGGACUGGACUAUUACCUUGGCCAAAGAGGCUUACGGCUCCGCCACCUCGCUUGGAGGAAAUUGGUGUCACUUUGGAGGAAUUCCAUAAAGACACUAGCGAAUGGCAUGACAGAGUGAUUGACUAUUGGAAGCAGAUGAAGUUUGUUAUCCAAAAGAACUCAUUUAGGAAUGUCAUGGACAUGAACUCAAACCUCGGUGGGUUUGCAGCUGCACUAAAGGAUAAGGACAUUUGGGUGAUGAACGUUGCUCCUGUUAACAUGUCAUCAAGAAUGAAAAUAAUAUAUGAUCGAGGCUUGAUUGGAACAGUUCAUGACUGGUGUGAGUCAUUUUCAACGUACCCACGUACGUAUGACCUACUUCAUGCCUGGAUGAUUCUCUCGGAGACAGAAGAUCGAGGCUGCAGCAUUGAGGAUCUGCUUAUUGAGAUGGACCGCAUGCUACGGCCAGAGGGAGUUGUCAUUAUAAGGGACAAACCUCAUAUAAUAAACUAUGUAAGAAAAUUCUUGACUGCGCUAAAAUGGGAUGGAUGGUCAUCAGAGGUAGAACCACGGGCCGAUGCGCUCUCCUUGAGUGAAGAAAAAGUUUUAAUCGCACGAAAGAAACUUUGGCAGGAGAAGUUUACAAUUUAAUGAUACUUUUUUGGUAUGUAUAUUUUCUUCGCGAAUGGAUCAAUUCUCCUCAUUUCGAUCAUUGUUCAAAAUGUAGUAGUCGUUGCCAGGAUCUGGCCGAGGCAUCCUGAUGGCCAAUGUGUUAUAUGUGUCUACUUCAUCAAUGACAAUGUUGGGACUAUCUUUCAAUAGUAUUAACUGAUUUUUGGUUUGGCAAAUUCUGUGUGCGAAAGCCGGAUUCCGGAUCUCUGUUUGAUCACAAAAGAUCAGUGUACUAUCUGCAAAAGUUCAGACUUCUGAUAUACAUCUGCAAAGGAGGGAGGGAGGUUGGAGUUAUGUUCUUUACAGCCAUUUUUGUAGUUAAUUUGGUCCAUAAAAACCUUAAAAAAAUUAAAUAGUCCCUUGAAAUUGAAAAGUGGGUUGUUAGUUGUUA